AUGGACAUGCUGCUCGUUUCGUCGCCCUUUCCGCGAGCCUCGCUCGCCCCGACAUCGGCGCGCACGUCGCUGCGCUCCUCACAUGCCGGCCGGCCGUUGCUAGCCGCCCCCAGGCGUGUGUCGCUGCCUGGGGGCCCGGCCGCCAGCAGCAAAAAGGGGAGGGGCGCAGUGAGGGUAGUGGCGGAGGUGGGGGAGGCGGAAAUGGAGAGGGGGAGAGCCGCCAUGCGCCAGUGGUGGCAGGCGCAGCAGGCGGCCAAGGCAGGGCAGCGGGGCGGCCAGGGGGCGGUGGCCGUGGCGGACGGGGAGGGGGAGGGGGCGCAGGCGAGCAUGGAUGCUGCGCGCGCUGAGAUGAGGGCGUGGUGGGCGGCACAGCAGGCGGGCAAGGGCGAGAAGGCGGGUAUGGAUGCUGCCCGCGCGCAGAUGAGGACGUGGUGGAUGGAGCAGCAGCAGGCCAAGGCCAUGGAUGCGGCGCGCGCAGCCAUGCGGCAGUGGUGGGCGGAGCAGCAGCAAGGCAAGGCCAUGGAUGCAGGUCGUGCGGAGAUGAGGCAAUGGUGGGUGCAGCAGCAGCAGGGCAAGGCCAUGGAUGCAGCGCGAGCAGAGAUGAGGCAAUGGUGGAUGGCGCAGUUGGCGGCGAAACGGGCGGCGGUGGAGGAUGAGUCGCGCGCCCAGCUCAACGCAUGGGCGGUGGGCAAGUGGAGGGCGGUGCUGGGGGAGGCGGAGCAGCAGGCGGAGGAGGCGAGGCUGGAGGCCAUGGAGGCCGGCAGGGCGGAGAUGCGCCAGUGGUGGACGAAUCAGCUGGAGGAGAAGGCAGUGAAGCUGGCAGAGCAGGCAGCGGUAGCAGUGGAGGCGGAGGCAGCCAUGUAUGUGGCGGCUGCGGCUGAUUUUGGUGGCGGGGAGGAGGGCGACCUGAGUGAGGACGAGCUCAUCGCCUCCGAUGAUGAGGAGCAGAUGGAGGUGGCGGCGCGCAUGGUGGAUCUGAGCGACAUGGAGCGCGCCGUCAUCGAGCGCGAGAUGACCCGCUACCGCGCCAGGCGCGAGGCCAAGCGCGCCUUCUGGGAGCGCGAUGUGCAGCGCGCCAUGGACCGCAACCGCAAGGCCAUGCGUGAAUGGUGGUUGCAGCAGUGGGGGGCGAAGCAGAGGGCCAAUGGGUGGGGCGACAAUCCGCCUGUGUGGCGCCUCAAGCUCACCGCAGGCAGCGCGGACACGCCAGGUGGCAGCACGGCAUUGGAGGACGUGGAGGUGUCGGGCAAGGGCGUGACGCUGGGCCUGCUCCCCCAGCCGGAGGACGGCUCGCGACCCAUCGAGCUGCACCUCAAGGGGGUGUCGUUCGCGCAUGCGGUGGUGUACGGCAAGGACAAGUACAUGGGGUUCGGCAGCUACAAGCGCGAGUACUUCAUCGCUGACAUCGGCUCCACCACCGGCACCUUCCUCAACGGCAAGCUGCUGGGGGUGAAUGUGCCGCGCAAGCUGGCCAGUGGUGAUGUCAUCAAGCUGGGCCCUGAGGUUGAGUUCGUGGUGACUGACCCCUCUCUCUCGCCCUGA